CACCAAUCCACAGAAAGAGCCGAAGAUGUCUGCUCAGUCAUGUGAUCAGCUGUGUCCAAUCAAGCUGAUCACAUCACUGAUGAUCAGUGUGCCCUGACGAUCAGUGUAGCCCCAGCAGUGCCACGUGCCAGUGCCCAUCAGUGCCACAUCAAUGCCACAUAUCAGUGCCUACCAGUGCACAUCAAUACCACAUAUCAUUGCCCAUUUGAGCUGCCUUUCAGUGUCACCCAUCAGUGCCAGUCAGUGCCACCUAUCAAUGCCAAUCAGUGCCACCUAUCAG